UGAUUUCAAAUGUCAUUUGUCGUUAUUGACAGAUUGAGGUUAAAAAUAGAAUUAUGCCAAAAUUAUCUAUUGAAUGUGUUUUAUUUGACCACUAAAUGAUGUCAACAAACUCCAACUAUAAAAUGGUGUGCAAUGAAAUUUCAAGCAUACGUUGUUCAAGUGAACAAUUAAAAAUCCUGAAAGAGAGGUACCAAACUGUGAUCAACUCUACCCGAAGACUGGAGCACAUACGGUCACUAUCGGAGCUUAUAAAAGUUUUGGAAAAACGGGAUUAUCUCAAUUCUGGUAAUACCAAAAUUUUGAUUGACAUCGCCAGUGAAUUAAAACAACCGCAACUGUUACAAAGUCUUAACAGCCUUCAACUUAAUGAUAAUCACGUUAAUCAGGAACAUUCAGGUUUUGCUAGAAUACCAAAAAGUGCCAAAGAUCGAGCCUACAAAUGUAUUGCUGAGGGCAUAGGCAAAAAAUGGAACGAUUUCGCUAGAGCUUUAGGUGUCUUAGAGGGUGAUAUAGACCAUUUGGAUCGAAAUGUGAGAAGCAUAUCAGCACGAGUUUACAAAAUCUUGGCAUUUCAUGAACAAAACUGUGAUAAGUUUAGGUGGCAUAGUAAACUGUUGGAGGCACUAGGGGAGGCAAGGCGUCAGGACCUCAGAUUGAAAGUGCAGGAAAUAUUUGACUUCGCAUAAUUUAUAAUUUUGUUACUGUUAUUUUUUAUAAAAAUGUAAAGUUAAACAAGUUGUCUCUUUUAAUGUAUGUACAAACACAACAACAUUCUGCCAUCUCAACUUCAUACAGAAUACAAGCGUAAUAAAGUAGAAAAUGAAAUAAAUAUAUUCAAAUAAA